UCGGACCGAUGUCGCUCAUAUUAUUGUCGUUCCCGAUUUCGUUAAACGCAAUUCACGCGAUUCUUAUAUCGGUUGGUAACUGGUAGGUACCUUUUAUAUUAUUAUUGUGCGGUACAUGUAGACGUUUAAUCUCCACCGGGGGUUGUGCUUCACAACGAUUUUCAAACAUGAAACGAUUUUACGCGUUUUUGAUGUUCGUCCCGAUCACUGCAGGACUCAUGCUGUUGUGGCCGGUGGACAAGGUGGUUGGUACCGACGCCACUACCCCGCCGACGGUUGAAGCCACCGUCUCCUCGGCUGUGGCCACCGCCUCUUCGGCCAUCGCCACCGCCUCUUCUGCCAUCGCCACCGCCUCGUCGGCUAUCGCCACCGCGUCUUCGGCCAUCGCCACCGCUUCAUCCGUCAUUGGCACUGACCCAUCGGCCACCGCAGUGGACAGGAUCGCUUGCGACGACGAUACAACCGAACUGUGCGACACCACCGCUGACACAUCCACUACCACCACUACCACCACUUCCACAGUCACUUCCGGUGUCACUUCCGCCAUUGUAGGCGACGGUGACGAUUGUAGCAAGGUCGCGUCUGCUCUGAGACUAGGACACGGUGCUGACGACUCACCGGCGCUGCAAGUCGAUGACAACCGUGGUGGGACAGGUCGAAGUCUGGACAUCGUGGGUCCUCGCCGUCGAGCCGACGGAUUCAACCGAAUAGUUGUCCGACCGAGGACCAUCGGCUUGAAGAUGUUUGAAAAAAUCAUGCUGACCGCCGUGAGCAUGUUUUUCGAAAAACUCGAAUUGGCCGUGUACUUGUCGCUGUACAAACUCAAACUGCUCUACACCACGUUGAUAGCGCCGGUGUUGGGAAUAUAGUUUUUAGCCGGUAGUGUUUUUUUUUUUUUUUUUACUCCCUUUAGGAUCAUUGAUAAUAAUGAUAAUUAAGUGUAAUAUGAUGUUUUACUUGACAAUAUAAUAUGGGAUCAUAUAUUAAGUAUUACAAUUUGGACCCGGAUUCAAAUGCAACACCUGAGUGCUUUUUAAAAAUGCACUAAAAAAUGGAUGUAUUAUAAAAAAAAACCAGCAUUCUAGCUUACCUUGGUUGAUUUAUCUGUUUUUAAAUAUACCUUAAUAUUUUGAAUCUCUACGCUGUCUAUUUUAUUAAUUUUUCUUAACAUAAUAUCAGAAAAAAAUACUCUGCGUUAACGUUUGAACGCCGCUGUAACAUUGUAUGAUAUAAAAAACUGAUC